AUGGAUUAUGUAGUUGCGAUAUCUUUGUGUUUCUUCCUUCAAAAUAUAUAUGUCAGAUUCCAAACGGUCAACGAUAUUUGGAAAUGUCUACCUGCUGACUUAGUCCCCGUCUCCGACCAAUGGACACACAUCGAAAUUGUGGUUUUAAUGGAAAACACGCGGUUGUUACACGCUGAACUCUGCGAUUUGUUAAAAAUGUUUUCUCUAGGUUACGGUCCAAUGCUUUUGGGUUUCUUCAUAUUCAGCUUUAUCAAUAUGCUUUUCAGUGUUUAUAUAGUUCUCAACUUUGGUGCAUUAUCCAACUCAAAUUCCAUUACAAGUGUAUUUAAAAACAUACUAGCGAUGUUAAUCUACGUACAAUCUGUCACGUUUUUGAUGUCCAUUAUCACAUUUGUUUCAUUCAUAAACGAGAAGAGAUUGGAGAUGGUAUCAUAUCUACGAUUAUACCGAAUUUCAAAUUUACACCUGGACAUAAAAAGACAAAUUAAAAUGUUUAUGAAUCAAAUAUCAGUUUGCGAUUCGGACCAAAUUUCGGCAUUUGGAUUUUUUAAUAUUAAUUUAAAUCUCGUUACAUCUGUACUUGUAUUAUUGAUUAGUGGAACUACCACGUUGAUACAAAUGAAAGAUCACCCAAUAAUACUGAAACUAAAUAACGACACAUAUUCUUUUUUCCAAAAAUUGAGUGUUUGA